UUCCUGUCUGCCUGACUCUGCAGUUGGCACUAAGCCCAGCAGCUUCCUGUUUAGUUUAGUUUCAUUUCUCGCAGACUGGCUACGAGGGUGUUGUUUCUGAAGCCAUGGCAGAGGCAGAGGAAGAAUUCAGAGCAGCUGCUGACCUGGAAGAUGAGCUCAGCUGCCCUAUCUGUCUGUGCUUCUACAGCAACCCUGUCUCCCUGAGCUGCCAGCACAGCUUCUGCAAGGAGUGCAUCCAGAAAGCACUGGCUGCCCAGCAGCAAGCCAAGGCCACCUACUCCUGCCCUAUGUGCAAGGUCCAGCUGGGGCCCUUUCUGGAGCUGCAUAAGAACUUCCAGCUCUGCAGCAUAGUGGAGAAGUUCCAGACGGCUUCUUCAAAGGGAAAGCAGGGCAAGGAGAAGGCCUCUCCGCAAGGGAAGGAGACAAUCCCCUGUGAUUUCUGCCUGGAGCAGCCUCACACAGCAGUGAAAACCUGUCUGACCUGUGAGGCAUCUCUGUGUCAGGCCCACCUGAGCAAACACAAUGCCAAGGCUGCACAGAAGGAUCAUGUCCUGGUAGACCCCAGUGACGACAGCUCCCUGCAGGAGAGGAAGUGUGGCAAGCAUGGCAAGCUGCUAGAGUGUUACUGUGAAGAUGACCAGGUCUUCGUCUGCGUGAUGUGCUCUAUCGCAGGCUCCCACAAGGGCCACAGCGUCAUCUCCCUGAAGGAGGAGUAUGAUAAGGAGCUGGUUGUUCUCUCUCACACUGUGAAACUGAUGCAGGAAAACAAAAGUGCUAUGAAUAAAACCUUAGGGGAGCUUAAGAAGAGUGAGAAUCAACUCCAGCUCAAUAAGAAAACUUUGAAUGCUCAGCUGUCAAACCUCUUCAAAGAGAUCAAGGCACAGGUGGAUCAGAAGGAGAAGCAGAUCCUGGCUGACAUACAAUCCAGUGAGAAAAAGCAGCUGUCAGAGAUUGCCACACUGAAGAAGCAAACAGAAAAGAAGAGAGAUGAGGCUGAGAAGGGUCUUCAGGACCUGCAGAUGCUGAGAGCGCAAACAGACCCUUUCCACUUCCUCAGAGAAUUUAAACUGGCACAAGACAGGAUUAAUAAUCAGGAUUUCAGGACUGACAGCAUGGAAGUAUUAGCACUGCAGCUGGAUCAGGCAACAAUUGCUGAUGUUAGAUGCUGGACACAGCAGUAUAUCUCAACCCUAGAUUCACAAAUGCAGAAGGUGCAAAGUCAGUUCAUUAACCAAACACAGAGGAACAGAGCAGCUCCAUACUCCAGAGAUGAUUUACUUUAUCAAGGUAAGUGUUCAAAAAUAUUGUUGCUCUUAAAGACUCUGGUCUAUAUCUCCUCUCUGGAGGGAAGGUAUCUCACCUGCAUUUUGUAUUGUGCAUCUCUGUCAGAUCUUCCUGUCAGAGGCGAGGCCAGUGGGAAUGCAGAGGACAGGUACAGGGCAUGGUCCUCAAAAUCUGCACCAGGCUGACAUCUGCUAGAAAACACACAGGAGACAUCCUGGAACCUAGGCCUUAGGGAGGGAUUCCUUCUGCUUCAAUGCUCCUUAAGGGCCUGAGCUAGCUCCCAGGAAAGACUAUGCAGACUUCCUCUGACUAUAACAGAAGGUGGAUGAAGUCUGUAAGGAUCAGGCCUAGUUAUUGGGUUGCCACUGAACAGUAAUGUGGGUGGGGAUAUAGGCUCAGAUUUCAAGAAGUGUCUAUGCAUUUGCAUGCCUAUUUUAUGUGCAAAAUUAUUACUAUAACUGCCUUUUCUCCUUCAGUGUUUUUUCUGCAGAGUGAAUGGGGCAGGGCUGCUAUCUUCCCUCAUUCAGUGAGCACCUUAACAGCUUCUCAGUGGCUGAGGCAUUUCUCCUCCCCACUACACAGCUAAGUUAGCCAUCCAUGUGGAUGUGCGAUGCAGCCUUCUUUCCUUUAGCUACUCCCAUGAGGUUAUGCUCACUAAUGGAGUAAAAUAUUUUUACUGUCUUGCCCUUUAUCCUUCAGAAAAUACAGAAGUAACUUCAGAUUGACUCUUGUAAAGGAGAUGAGUCUAAUCCAAUGUUUCAUAAAUAACAAAAGCUAAGUAGCAAAAUGUUAACUGAAGCAUAUGAAGAUCUAGGUCAGGGAUUGGCAACCUUUGGCACGCGGCCUGCCAGAUUAUGGCCCCUGGUGGGCUAGGCCUGUUUGUUUACCUGCCGCGUCCGCAGGUUCAGCCAAUCGCAGCUCCCACUGGCCACGGUUCGCCGCUCCAGGCCAAUGGGGGCUGCGGAAAGUGGCGCGGUCCGAGGGAUGUGCUGGCUGCCGCUUCCCGCCGCCCCCAUUGGCCUGGAGUGGCGAACCGCGGCCAGUGGGAGCUGCGAUCAGCCAAACCUGCGGGGGGCUUACUCUGGCGGGCCGCGUGCCAAAGGUUGCCGAUCCCUGAUCUAGGUGAAAUGCUGGUCCCAGUGAACCCAAGGGAAGCUUUACCAUUGACUUCAAUGAGGCCAAAAUUUCACCCCCUGAUCUGACAUCCAUGCUACUUUGGGCUGUUAUUUUUGUCAGAAUUUAUAAGAUUAGCAGGGUUAAGCCUCUAGAUAGAAGACUUCCAAGAAAAACCUAAGUGCGGCAGGACAUGAUGUCAGUGAUUCAUAGCAUUCUCUUUCAGUUGCUACUAAUUCAGUGCCCAAACAGUGCAGCUGGUUGGAAAAUAGUGAGUUGUUUCUGUGAAAAUAUUUGCAAAAACAUAUAUUUUUAUGGAUGUUUUUCAGGUUUGGGGCAAAAAAUAGAAAAUGGAAGCCUUUUCAGUUUCAUUGAAAACCCAGAACAUUUAAAAAAGAAAUGAAAAUUUUCCUCAAAAAUUUUGGUUUGGGGGGGAAGGGGGAAGGUCAUUUUCCAUCUAAACCUGUUUCUGAUGGAAAAAUAUCAGCCAGUUCUACUCAACAGGGUGGUGGUAACAUUUUAUUUCAAAGGGGCUACCUGUGGGAUAGCUGCUCACCAGUGGGAGGAAGGGUUCACAAUUUAGUCCUAAGUAUGAUUACAUUUCCCUGAAAUAUUUGGUUGUUUUGCCAGGUAAUCUAUACUCGCUUUUCUUCCAAAAUCAAGCAUCUGAUUUUUUUGGAACUACUACAUUUCUACGGAAAUAGACUGGGAACACAAGGCAGUGA